UUCGUACUUCGUAAAAGACACGAAUGGCACUGUGCCUCGUACCGCCAGCCUACCGUAGCCCACCCUCACGACCAUCCCCAUGUUCCAUCUCCAUGUCGCAUCUCCCCAAUGCCUGGUAACCCACUCACGGCCCUUGGUAACCCUCCUCUACCGCCCAUUCGCAUUCGGGUAUCCCCAUCCAGAGGGUCCAGACCCACGGGUUAGAUUGGCCCGCCUCCUGCACCACCUACAGCACCAGUUGCCUCGUUGUUUAUUAAUUCCAUCCGCCUCUUUGCCUCCCGCAAGGCGUCGACGCCUUCGGUCGGACUCGAUAGUCUCGCAGCCGAACUCUGUAGCACUUUGGCCCAUUCGCCCAUUCGCCCAUUCACCCAUUGGCAUGGCCGCAGGAGCCCACCCAUCCUGAACGCCAUGCCUCCACAGCUUGCAAAUCGCACCGCCCAGCCCCAUGGCGCUCUGCACGUGCGGACGUCAACCGUAUCGGCGCAAGCCAAGAACCAGGACACCACAUCCUUGCCUUCUUCGGCUGCGCCGCCGCGCUGCAGCUGAAGAGACCAGCAUGCACUGGACGUUGCCCGUACGGUAUCGAGCUCCAGGCUCCAAGCUCGACAUUGCACAGGCACAGGGCACCGGGUACCGUUCACGGGACCGGGGGGUCAUGGUUGAUGGGAUGUCUUUGACUGGGAUGUGUUUGACCGGGAUGGGUGGCAUGCGAGACAAGGAAGGUCACGUUUCGUCAAGGCUGGCUCCAAGACACAACACGGGCAAUACGGGCUGUGACGCCCACACGGCCGGGCCUCACAGUCGGCGACCAGGCUGGCUGGACCUCUGCUUUUGGAGGGGCUUGGGCUGGCUCCCAUCGUCAUUGGGCCAGGGCCAAAUCAAGUUGUGGCAAGUCAGGGGUCUUGGGGGGCCUCAUUUUUAGGACAUUGUAACAG